ACACCUUCUUUCUCUCACUCCACAUUCCCCUAUUCUCUCUCUCCCACUUCCAAUCUUGAUUUCUUCUUAUUUGCAAUUUGCAAUAAAAAAUCACCCUUUGACCCGCGAUCACAGCUUCAAAUUUCGGCCCAAUAUAUACACCCAUUCCCACAAACAUCCAUUUCCGAUAUAUGUAACAUUUUUGAUCAAUGGGUGUUGCUAAAUCUUGGAUAUACACCGGAAAAGUGUAUGUCGUGGCUAAACAAGGCAGUUUAAAGCAGCAGAAUUUGUUGCCGGAGUUUCAUCAAUGUGUGUUGUGGGCGCCGCCGGAGACGGCGGCGGUGGUGGGUGGUGGGCAGCGGCGGAGGAUCUCGUGGACGGUGGUUUGUGGGGUGAUGUUGUUUGUGUUGGGGUUGAUAUCUUUUUUUACUGGUCAUGUUGCUUCUGAUCUUGAGUGGUGUUCACAAAGAGUUAUUGUUAAACGAAGAUUGUUGAAGAAAAAAGUGGAGAGGUUUAAUGAUGUACAACAAGUUGAUAUAUGGGAAACUAAAUUCUCAAAAUCAUACUAUGGAUGCAGUGAGAGAAGCCCUUAUUAUGCAAGUCAUACUCAUCAAGUGAUGUCAAAUGGUUAUCUGCUAAUUGCUGCAAGUGGUGGGCUGAACCAACAAAGAACAGGGAUUACUGAUGCUGUAGUCGUGGCGCGGAUUCUAAAUGCUACUUUAGUGAUUCCCGAGUUGGAUCAUCACUCGUACUGGAAGGACGAUAGUGAUUUUGCCAACAUAUUUGAUGUCGACUGGUUCAUAUCUUUUCUCGCAAAGGAUGUGCCUGUUGUCAAAAGAGUCCCCGAAAAAGUCAUGAGAUCACUUGAAAAACCACCGUACACGAUGCGGGUCCCACGGAAAUCAGAACCUCAAUUUUACCUUGAUGAAGUACUGCCGAUACUUACGAAGAGACAGGUUCUUCAGUUAACGAAGUUCGAUUAUAGGCUUGCUAAUGAUCUUGAUGAAGAGCUACAAAGAAUGCGUUGUCGGGUCAAUUAUCAUGCUUUACGGUUCACCAAGCCAAUACAAAAUCUUGGUCAGAAAAUCGUUAUGCGUAUGAGAAAAAUGGCCCCUCGCUUCAUUGCAGUUCACUUGAGGUUUGAGCCCGAUAUGCUUGCGUUUUCUGGCUGCUACUAUGGUGGUGGCGAUAAAGAAAGAAACGACCUCGGUGAAAUCAGGAAAAGAUGGACAACAUUACCUGAAACAAGUCCUGAUGGAGAGCGGAAGCGAGGAAAAUGUCCUCUUACACCUCAUGAAGUAGGUUUAAUGCUUCGGGCACUCGGUUUUGAGAAUAACACGUAUCUUUAUGUUGCAUCGGGUGAAAUAUACGGCGGGGAAGAAACUUUAAAGCCUCUUAGGGAAUUGUUUCCAAAUAUAUACACCAAAGAGAUGCUUGCAAAUGAAGAACUUGAACCGUUUCUUCCCUAUUCUUCUCGGCUUGCGGCCAUUGACUACAUUGUUUGUGAUGAAAGCGAUGUUUUUGUCGCCAACAAUAACGGGAAUAUGGCGAAAAUUCUUGCGGGCCGAAGGAGGUACAUGGGCCAUAAAAGAACCAUUCGUCCAAACGCAAAAAAGCUUAAUGCUUUGUUUCUUAAACGCGAGAAAAUAUCAUGGGAAUCAUUCGCUAAAAAGGUGAAAGCGGCCCAACAAGGAUUUUUAGGCGAACCAGACGAGGCGAAAACGGGCCGUGCUGAAUUCCAUGAAUACCCUUCGACUUGUAUUUGCAAAAAGCCCUUCGAGUUUUCCGGUCUUGAAAGAAUUCAUCACAAGAACCAAACAAUUUCAAGAACGCUCGAAGCAGAAUCCGAGUACGGGCAUAAUGAAGAAGAUCAAGGUGUGCAUAAUGUGCAAUAAAUAGAAAAUGCAGGUUUAAUUGAAAUUCAAGGGGGGUCAUGAAUGAUCAUUAGUAGAACAGACAGAAGGAUGGUGUUGACUUUUUGGUUGACUAAUUGCAACAAGAAACUUGGUGGUUUUAGGUUUGAGUUUUGUUUUUCCUUUGAUUUUAGAUCUUGAGCUAAAGUUGGCUCAGUGUUGUAUUUAUUUUUUCUGGAUGUCCAUUUUACCCUAGUGUCAUUAGGGUGUGAAAAAAGAAUUGUGUAUAAGAAAGUGUUGACUUUUUGAUGGACCAGUUAGUUGAACCGGUUCAAGCCAAUCUAUAAUGCAGAACCGGAUAGAACCAUUGCUAGUUUUUUAUUUUAUUAAUUUAUUUUUAUUUA